AUGAGUGCUUCUCGCGCCGCCUCUCCUGAGGGCGAGGCCCAUAGCACCGACGCAAUGUCCGGCAACGAGGAAGCCGGUCGUGGUAAGCUGGAGCAGCAGCACAAGCGCGAGCUCAAGGAUUUGCGCGACAAGUGCAAAGCAGAGCAGAAGCGGACCAAGGAUAAACAAGGAAAACGCGAAGUCGAAGCCAAAUACAAAGAGUUAGAAGACUCACUGAUUGCCGCUUUCCAUGACAAAGUGAAAAUCACUCCUGGUACUGGUACUGGAGGUGGAAACGAGCAGGAAGGUGGUAGCAGUGGUUCGAGGUCGGGAAGUCCUCAAAAAGCAGCUACAACUUCUGCUGCGGCAAAUGCGGAACCUGUCGGAGAAAAAGACAACGACAGCACGACUCCACCAGCACCUUCUGGGACUUCUUCUAAGGAGCAAGAAGCAGAAUCUGCAACGCCAACAAAUAUCAGUGCGGAUCCUGUCGGAGAGGCGCAUCUUACGGAGGAGGAGAAGAUAGCACGAAAGAGAGCGAAAAAGCAAAGACAAAAAGACGCUAAGGAUCAAAGGAAGCAAGAUGCCAUUGCAGAAAGGGAGAAGAUCAUGGAAGGAGUGGUACUUACUAUUGUCUGAUAUACUUAAUCAAUCAUGUGAUCACGACGUAGACGUUGUAGUUGGUACACUUUCAAGAUUCUUGAGAACGAUUUUUACUUACCCAAACCUGAAACCACCUCUAUCUUACUUCGCCGUCACCUCUUGAUCUAGUUAAUAGAAAUGUGUCAACCAACAUAAUGAAUCUACACCACACAAACCAUCCUCAACAUCCUCGCAGGUUCCCGUCUCCGAUUUAGAGAACCAGCGUAUGGAGAAACAGCUAAGGCGUGAGGGCAUGCGCAUUGUCGACAUUCCGUCUGACGGUAAUUGUCUUUAUCGCGCUCUCAAUCAUCAGCUACAACAAGAAGAUUACCCGAAGAAAUAUACGCACGACGACUUGCGGCACCUAUGCGCGGACACUUUGGAUCGGUUUCGUGACGAGUACAUGUGCUUUAUGCCAGAGGAUGCGCCUUCAUGGGAAGACUAUUUGCAGAAGGUGCGCGAUGCAUUGUGGGGUGGCGAUAUGGAAAUCAACGCUUUAUCACGUGCUUUGAAAGUACGCGUUAAGGUUUAUCAAGGCGACGGAGACCCUGUCUUGGAAUUUGGGAAAGAUAACGCAGAAUGGGAACUGAGAAUCACCUAUCACAAGUAUUUGUUCACUAGUGCGCAUUAUAACUCGUUGGAGCCGGCUUUUUGAGAGGGAGGUUAUGUCGAUCUGCAGACGAAUGCAAAGUAGUCUACUUCUCUUCCCGCAAACCUUUUCCCGAAUGCAAAGUAUAUUCCGCAAACCUUUUAAGUACCUGCUCAUGAAAUCCUGAGCUUACAUACUUCAUCCUCCCCAAGAACCCAAGACGCCUAUUAAUCAAGGAUUCUUUCCACAACUUUCGCAUGAAAUUCCAUGGAACUCCUGGUAAACCCGCAGCGAUUUAUGUCGUGUUGUACACGGGCUUUGUAACGCUCUUGCCCUUGUUCUUCGCAGUCGAUUUUAAUAGUACCAGUCCGAAAGGCAUGUUUAUCACUGAGACAAAAUGUGGUCCAUGAGAACGCCUCCAAAAA